ACUAUAUCUCUCUUAUAGAUUCCCUGCUCUGUGCUUAUGGGUGCCAAUUUGGCUAAUGAAGUGGCGCAGGGUAACUUCUGCGAAACUACAAUUGGUUGCCGGGAUAUUAAGUACUCUAAACUACUGCGUGAUCUCUUCCAAGCUGAUUUCUUCCGAGUUGUUGUGGUGGAAGACGCUGAUGCCGUUGAAGUUUGUGGUGCGCUCAAGAACAUUGUUGCCACCGGUGCUGGUUUCAUCGAUGGUCUAGGUUUAGGUGACAACACUAAGGCAGCCGUCAUUCGAUUGGGUCUGAUGGAAAUGGUACGAUUUGUUGAUGUUUUCUACCCAGGCAGCAAGCUAUCAACAUUCUUCGAGAGCUGUGGUGUUGCUGAUCUGAUUACCACUUGCUAUGGUGGUCGUAACCGUCGCGUUGCAGAGGCUUUUGUGAAAACCGGAAAAACUAUCGAACAACUCGAAAACGAAAUGUUGAAUGGCCAGAAAUUGCAAGGUCCCCCCACCGCCGAAGAAGUGAAUUACAUGCUGAAGAACAAGGGCUUGGAAGAAAAAUUCCCACUGUUCACGGCCAUUCAUAAGAUCUGCACAAGUCAGUUGAAAGUUCAAGAUUUUAUUGAUUGCAUACGUAAUCACCCUGAGCAUAUGUAA